CUUACCAGAAGCAAUUGCACGCUCCCACAGUGACCAAAGCUUUCCUGGCAGAGCUCUCUCUCUGGAUUUAUCAUUAACAUCUACAUCCUAACACUGCUAAAUAAUUCAGUAGAGCAUUUAGCCUCGUGUCCUUGCCUCUCUACUCAGAAAACACUUUUCUUUUCUGUAUGUUUCAGCAACAGGGAACAAAAACCUGCCUGGAUUGUGCUUCCACCUUGUGCUGUGUAACUGAGGGGGGCACCUCAGGUACCCUUUCACUCUCAGCAUAGAAGUGUGGGGCUUGUUUCUUUUAUUUUGUUGGAAAUAGUGUUUAUUAGAUAACCAAAUAUAGAGCAUUAUUUAUCCACAUGGAGUCACGACCAUGUGGGCUUAGAUUCACAUGCAAAUUCCCCUUUUAAUAAUCCUAAUGCAGGGAGUGCUCCAAUCAGAGCGCUAUCAGCCCCAGCUCCCAGAUACCUGAUGCCAGCUUUGCUGGUAAUGUAGGCCACGGAAGCAAAUCCAGAGAGAUUGAGUUGGAAGUGGAGAGAGGCUCUGAGAUCUAUUUGCUUGGCUUCCUGACGACAAGGGGGUGUCUGAGUUCUUUUUUCCUUUCCGGCUGGCAGGGGGAUGCCGCUGGAGAGGGAUCAUUAGCUGCGAGCAGCCCGCCUGGGUCCAGGCUGGAGGCGGAGACGCGGCGCCCGCAGCCAGCCAAGGUGGAGGCACGAAGGCAGAAGAGCAGGUCAAUGAAAGCAUGAGGUGGCUCCUGGGCAGCAGCUUGAAACACUUUGGACAUGCUGACAGGGGGAACUAUGACUGGCUAAACAGUGAACCAGGUGGGCCACUUCUGGAAACAGAGCUUCAGAGCAGACAGCAGACAAGUUCCACCAAAGACGACAUAGAGCCCUUUCUGUGCAUCAUCCUGCCUGCCACCAUGAUGCUCUUCCUGGCAUUCCUGCUGCUCUUCCUGUACCGCCGCUGCCAGCGCCCCGCUCCGCAGGGCCAGAUCUUCAGCAUCGACCUUCCCGAGGCCCUGCCUGAGCACGACGGGCCCCACUUCCUCUCGGCCCUGCCCUGGAGCAGCGAGCAGAGCUUCCACUACUCCACGCUGGUCCCCGACGCCACCUUCCUCUCGGUGUGCCUGCCUCCAUCCUACGAGGAGGCCACCAUGAAGGCUUCCCUGGAGGGGGCUCGCGCUGAGGCCUCUCCAGACCCAGUGCCUCCCUAUGAAGAGAGCAGCAGCACCAAGUGAACUUCCCACGGAAGGAGAACCUUAGCCGAAGCAUGCAGCACAAAGGUGGAACUGCUCUGGCCUUUAAGAUUGGUGAAAUGUUUCCAAAUGAGGCACAAAACCAAUGAAUUUAUGAAGGAAGAAACUUGAAGCAACAGGGACUGCGUCUCUUCACCUCAUCCCAGGAUUCCCUACCUUCCAUUUGUGGCAAGUGUGCACACGGUGUGGCACCAAUCCAAUUCAGACUGGUAACAUGGGGAUUCUAGUUCACAAACAUGUCGCGCAAGGAUUAAACUUAAGGAAAGCUGGGAAGCUCUUCCUCUGUAAUCCCUCAGCUACAAUGAAAUGUCAAUAAUGCUAUAGAUUCAGCAAUCACAAAAAGGGCUUUUAGCACAUACAUAUUCCAGUUUGGGUUGUUGUUUUGGAUUUUUUAUUUUUAUUUUAUGCAUUUAUAUUUAAAUGUGUUUUUGCAAGCUGAGUCGCUCAGUCUGUGUGUGUUUACAUCACAUCAUUCUGCAGUGCUCUGGAAUGAUCACAGCAGCUCUCAGGAAAGCAAAUAAAUAUAUAACCUCUACAAAAUUUCCAGUAACCGUCCCCAAAGGUUCAAAUGUGCACUGUGAAUAAAGGCUGUCUUUUCUCACAAUUGGACAAUGAGGACAAGCAGCAACCAGGGAAGACCUGAUUGUUCUGGGUGAGGAAGCCUCCAUGUAAGAGCACCCACAGUCUAUUGCUACAAGCUGCUUGCCAAGGUCUGCAAGGUCCCAACAUUCCAGACUACUCAGCUGACUUCUUUUACAAGACUAAAAAAAUAAACCAUGUGACUUACUUGGUGCAGCGUGUAAAGGAGUUGAGGAAAAAUUAAUAAAAUCAAGUGCACCAAAAAUGCCCUGGUCUAUAUUUCAAAACAGCAUUAUAAUCCCUUUCCCUUCAUCCCUAGGGCAGGGUGAGGCUGGUUCAAGCGUGCUGGUGGCAGUGGUUUAGAGGGUUUGCACAUGCUUUCAGAAAAUUAUGUAUGUCAACUUUAAUUCUUUCUUACAGGACAGCAUUUUCACCAAGUUGAUAGAUGCUCUUGUUACAGAAGGUGGUUGCUACAGGUCCUGACAGCCUCAAAGGUUAUGCUGGCAAGGCAGAGGCAAAUGCAGUGCCAUGGAAUAGCUGACACCUGCAAGGAAGGAUCUGUUGUAGCAGCUGGUGCAGCCUUGGUGUAACUUACAAACCCAAAGGCUUGCACUUGGUGA